CUAAUACAUCAUUGUUUGUGAAUCCGCUCUAAUCUGGAGUUUAGAUGUGGUUACAGUCGAUUACCUCGAACAGGGAUAUAUUAGCCAUAUAUCGGUGCCUUUAAUAGUGUGGUCAUUUUUCUGAUCGCUUCAAAAUGGUGCAGCGCCUGACAUACCGACGUAGGCUGUCCUACAACACAGCAUCUAACAAGACCAGACUGUCCCGGACGCCUGGUAACCGCAUCGUGUACCUCUACACCAAGAAGGUUGGCAAAGCCCCCAAGUCAGCUUGUGGCAUCUGCCCAGGAAGACUUCGUGGAGUCCGGGCUGUGAGACCUCAGGUUCUGAUGAGGCUCUCCAAGACCAAGAAACAUGUCAGCAGGGCUUAUGGUGGCUCCAUGUGCGCCAAAUGUGUGCGUGACAGGAUCAAGCGUGCUUUCUUGAUUGAGGAGCAGAAGAUUGUGGUCAAAGUGCUUAAAGCCCAAGCACAGAGCCAGAAGUCAAAGUAAAGCGUGUAUUUGUAUUUCCACAAUAAUAAAAGACAAUUAUUAAAUGUU